AGAACUCAGAAACCGGCUUAACCAGUGAAAUAUAUAAGCUCAUCUAAGUACAAAGUUUAGAGCUCGAAGUUGCUUCGGUCUCCACUGGGUCCAAGCACCCAAAAAUUGUUACCAAGAAUAUGUCUUUCUUUUUCUUUCUCAGCUCUGUUUUCUUCUGUGUUCGCUUUAUUCCCAAGCAGACUCUACCCACAAGGUGGCAGAGAUUAGCAGUUCAGAGUUCAUGCCCUCUGGCUCAGACUACCUUUCUCCUAGUAGUUCCAGCAAAGUACCUGGCGUGAUUACCAUCUUACUUAGCCUCAAAGAGUUGCUGAGAGCUAAAUUAAUUGAAUGUGGCUGGAAGGACCAGUUGAAGGCACACUGUAAAGAGGUAAUUAAAGAAAAAGGACUAGAACACGUUACUGUUGAUGACUUGGUGGCUGAAAUCACACCAAAAGGCAGAGCCCUGGUACCUGACAGUGUAAAGAAGGAGCUCCUACAAAGAAUAAGAACAUUCCUUGCUCAGCAUGCCAGCCUUUAAGAUUGGAUGAGAUUGUGUUGUUUUGUGGUUUUAUUUCUGAAAGUAAAACUUGCCAUAAAUUAGGAAUCAAUUUCCCAAAAUAAAAUCCUUUUUUGUAUGAUGGUAUACAGUUUUCAGUAAUGAUGUAUACAUUGUAUUGAUUUUUUCCCUAAAUGUGUUAUUUUAAUAAAUAUCUCAUGAAUGAG